AUGAAGAAUGCUGCUAAAAAGAAUCAAGGUAAACCUACCCAAGAGUACCUGGAGGCCCAAAACUCUAAAUUAGAUGAAGAAUGGGAAAAUGAGAAUGAAUUAAUAAAUGUCGAUGAAUACAUGACCCAAGAGUGGGAAGAAGAACUUAUCAAUAGUGAGUUAGAAUGGGCAAUAAACUACCAAAACCUCUUACUCGAGUUGGACAGGGAAGCAAAUAGGGAAAUAACCUGGUUAACCGAAAAUGGGUAUCAAAAUAGGCAAACUAAUAACUAUUACCUUGAAAGUGAAGCACAACCUAUGAACUGUGAUGAAGGAGAAGCUGCUGAAGGACUUGAAUUCGAAGAUAGCAGUGAUGAGGAGUAUGAAGAUACUAGAUAUGGCUGCUAUCAAAGUCAUUUAGAACAUAACCACUAUUGGUGGAAUACCCACAAAGAAGAUAUAGACUUCAACCCAAAUUUUAACUCAGAAGACUGGAAACAAUAUCAACUCUCCAGUGACUAUAUCGAUUGGGAAAGUUGCCCUAUUCAAGCAACUAACCCAACUUUACAAAUACCUAUUCUUUUUAAGCAUAGACGUGGUUACCAAAAGGAUACAAACUUAAAAAAAUCAAUUACGGCUGCAAAAGUUGAAAAAUUAGUAGCCACAUUAGAUAACAAAGCCUCAGAAAAGCUACUAGAAGAAAAGAAACUCUCAGAAAAGCCUAAAGAAG